UCCAGGAAGUAAACUGUCCGGUUCAGUCUCCGGAACACAGAAGUCAGAGCAGCAAAUACGUGUCACAUUAAUUUCCCAGCAAGUUCUCCUGAAGACACGUGAAGGGACGCUGCACUGGUCCCCCUGACACACGCUCUGUCCGCGCGCCAGCAGCACACCGGGCCGGCUGUCCGCCGUGCGCACUGACGCACACUUACACACACACACACACACACACACACACACACACACACACACAGACACCCACGCACACACACCAGACACACACACAUAAGAUGAUGGUGGACUCCACAUUGGCUCAAGUGGGCAAAAAUCUGAGUGACGCCAUGAGAAUCCUGGAAGAUCGACAGAGAGAGCAGGAGGCAGCACCAGAGAAGUGGCGCCUCAGCAGAACCAGCAUCCCUGGACCCCUGCAGGGAGAUGGUCAGGAUGUUGCCACUAUACUGCACCUCGUCCACAACCUCAUUCAUGAUGAGGAGGAGGAGGAGGACAAGCCCAGCCAACAUAGGAUGCAGAAUGUGGGUGAACAGGGUCACAUGGCCCUGCUGGGUCACAGCCUGGCAGCCUACAUCUCUGUGCUGGACCGAGAGCGACUGCGGAAGCUGACCACGCGGAUCCUGUCUGACACCACGCUGUGGCUCUGCAGACUGUUCAGGUAUGAGAACGGUUCAGCCUACUUCCACGAGGAUGACAGGGACGGCCUGGUCAAAGUGUGUCGGCUGGUCAUUAAUGCCUGUUAUGAAGAAUAUGCCUCUGAGGGCUACACAGUCCUCAGCUCUAAACAGCCCGUCAUCUACCAGAGUGCCUCGGGGAGGCCUGGACUGGGCCAGCAUCUGUGCAGCCAGCUCGGCCUGCCUCUCUCUAGUCUGUGCACAGUCCCAUGUAAUACCAUCUUUGGAUCCCAACACCAAAUGGAUGUUGCCCUGUUGGACAAACUAAUCAAAGAGGACAUAGAAGCUGGGAAGCUUCCUCUGCUGCUGAUCGCUAAUGCAGGUACCCCCGGAGCAGGACAUACAGACAAGCUGGCUCGUCUAAAGGACCUGUGUGAUCAGUACAGCAUGUGGCUCCAUGUGGAGGGGGUCAACCUGGCAACCCUAGCACUGGGUCAGGUCUCCUCUGCCAUCACGGCAGCCACCAAAAGUGACAGUAUGACACUGACACCAGGUCAGUGGCUGGGACUUCCUGCUGUAACUGCUGUCACCCUCUACAGACAUGAAGACCCAGCACUGUCUCUGGCAGCAGGUUUGACCUCCAGCCAGCCGGUGGCAAAGCUGCGAGCGCUCCCUCUCUGGCUCUCCCUGCAGUACCUCGGCCACAAUGGCAUUGUGGAAAAGAUCAGACAUGCCACGGCUCUGAGCCAACAACUCCUGCAGAAGCUAAAAACUCUGACCUCCAUCAAAACAUCGGUGGAGGAUGAACUCAGCUCUCCUGUGGUGCUCUUCAAGUUUUCCCAGGAAAGUAGUGCUGCAUCCAGUGGGGGUUCAGUGGAAGGUUACUGUGCUGGGGAGAAAGAGGUGCUUGAUACCUUCAACAGAUGGUUGGGUGAACAACUGGUUCAGCUGGUUCCUACCAGUGGGGUAGAUGUGGUGGAGCUUGAGGACGAAGGUACAUGUGUUCGCUUCAGUCCCCUCCUGACUGCUGCAGUUCUGGGGACGCAGCAGGAGAAUGUGGAGCAGCUGGUGGAGAAGCUGUCAGAGCUGGUGCCUGUGAUGUGCUCCACCAUGUGCCUCAGACAGGACUUCAGAGAGGAGAUCCACAGACACGCCCCCUCGCUCUCGUACGUAGAGGAGCUGAGCUGGCCCGGCCUUGGGGUUGUCCGGUACGAACCUCAGGCUGAGGGGAUGGAUGAGAGCAAGAGGAAGCAGGAGCUGGAGAAAAUCAACAGCGAGCUGCUCAAGAAACUACAAGACCUGGACACUGACAUCAUUUUCUCCACUGGCCCUGAGUUUGGGACAGAGCAGGACUGUAUCUUCGUUGGCAUGGUUACAGAGGACGUUGAUGUCACAGAGUUGGUGGAUAUGGUAGCAGCGCUCGGGAGAGACAUCGAGGAAAGCGGAAGGCUACUGGAGAACAUGACAGAGGUGGUGAGGAAAGGCAUCCUGGAAGCAGAGCUGCAGCUGCAGAAGGCCAACGAGGAGAGACUCAUGGAAGAGGGGAUGCUCAGACAGCUUCCUCUGGUCGGCUCGGUGCUGAACUGGUUCUCUCCAUUUGAAAGCACCGUAAAGGGCAGGACCUUCAACCUGGCUGCAGGUUCACUGGACUCCACGGAGGCGACAUACUCCACCAAGGCUCAGGCAGGCAGGCCGGCCUUUCAGGAAACUCCCACCUCCUCCUCAAAGAAGCAGCCAGGUCAGAGGUUAUUCCGGCGCUCAGGGGCGGGCUCCGACUCCUUCAGUGAAACCAGCUCCAUUGGACACCCAGAGGAGACGACCAGGGAGGAGAGCAGCACCCCACCUGCCUCUCCCCCACCACCUGAGGAGGACUCUCACACUGCGAGUGAUGUCACACCAGAGAGAAUCCCAGAGUCCUCUGAGCAGAAGCACACACAGGAAGAGCAGGAGAGGGAGGAGGAAGAGGAGGAGGAGGAGGAGGAAGAGGAGAAGGAGGAGAAAGAGAGGCAGCCUCAAGGCCAGGAGGUGGAGCAGAGCGCCAGAUAGGACUACUCUUUGUGCAGGUGUCCUCCAGCCGUCCACUAAAUGGUACCAGCCUAACAGAUGUUAACAGAACGGUGUUAUUUCUUUGUGAAUCUAAUUCUUCCAGAUUUAAAGGGAAAAGCAGUGAAGCUAGUUUGGGCUGUUUGUCUCUGUCAGAAGUUUAAAUCCACCCUGGAUCCUCUGAUACUGUGAUGUUCAGUUCAGUGUAUUCUAGUUAUUUAGUGAUAAAGUGUUCUAACGUAUCACCUUUUACUGCAGCAGUCUGAGAAAUGUGUUUCCCACAAUUCCCAGAAUGCCUUUUAACUGUUCCCAAAACUGCACAUGCUCUCACUCUAACGUGUCCUGAUAUACAUAAAACUUAAUGUAGUGAAAUAUGCAUGCAGUUUCAGUUUCUCCCAGUAUCUCUCAACAGGUUUCCAUCAAACUGCGCAAACUUAAAGUUACUUAGAGUGACUUAAAAGAAUAAUUAUCCCACACACCAAUGAGCAGUUCUGAUAUGAAUGAAAGGGGCCCCGCCUCCAUGCCUGUAUCCAGACUUUCUUUAAUACAUCCAUAGUAAAAAAGACAAAAAAAGAUGAUGGCGAACGCACGAGAACUGACACCUUUGUCUGGAUGGAUGAUGAAGUGGGGCUGUUACUUACUGUUGGAUAGAGUGACACUUAAGUCUGCCUGUGGUGUUAUAGUUGUCCUCAUACUCGCGCAUGGCUAUUUGUCUAAAACAUAAUGCGCAUGCGUGCAGUGCAGCUGUGACAUCAACUUUCUCCGAGGAUCCACGCAUUGCCAGUUUUCACGCCAACAGAAGAGGUGGCGUUGCUGUUGUUACUUAAAGUUACUUAUGUAACAGCGUAAAUGUAACUACCCACUUCUAAUCAUCUCUGAUUGGCCCUGUAUUCACUGGUAGAACAAGAAUACACUGAGUGACAGGAUGAAGUGUUUUAGGGUGGAUUUUCCUUCAAGUCAGAGUGGAUGAGAGUUCUCAGAGUGACAUCCAUCCCAGCUUUGUUUUCACACUCUGCUCUUCAGGGUGUUGUGUUGGAUCAGAGCAGAGCAGCAGACAUAUUACUCACACAAAGUCUUCAGCUUUAAUCAGAAACCUGAUCACUUCAGGAUCACAGUCCCCAUUUAAUCUUCACAUCCAAAAACUGAACCGGAAAUCCAGCAGCUCAGUAUGAAAGUGUCACUGAGAUCACACUGUAAAUAGUCUCCAUAGAUGUUCUAUAUCUAACCCAUCAAAUUACUAACAUAAUUAUUUAUCAUAAAAUAAUUCUGUGUAGAAGGAGUAGAGUAUCAUAAUAUAUUUAAUUUUUAAAAAAUCCUACUGAUUAUAGCAGUCACUUGCUUUUGACCUUCAAACACUACCUUCACAUUUGCACUAAAAGAAAUCUAAAAUAAAGAAUGAAGUCAAAAGAUUUUAAGAAAAAAAGUCACAACAUUAUGGAUAUGAAGUUGUGAUUUCAUGUGGAAAAAAGUUAAUAUAUCUCAAACUCAUUUUAUAUGAUUAGUUAUAUGACAAAAAAUAAUUUUAAGAACUAAGAAAAUGUCACUUGCUUGGUAAUAAUUUGAGAUAGAGUUUUAUGAGGAAAAAAAUUAUGAAAUUCCAAGUUUGAUUAUAUGAAAGUCACAUUAUGAUAUCAAAUUAUCUUACAAAAACACGAUAUCACAAGAAGUUGUGGUAAUUUUACAAGAAAAAAAGCAUGAUAUUAUAAGAAUAAUGUUAUAUUUUGAGAACCAAUUUAUUAUUAAUAUACAAAUACUUAAUUAUUGAAUUGAAUAGAGUAGUUUUUUUUUUUUUACCACUGCCUGACUGUACACAUAUACAGUUCAUGUUUUUCCUUUCAAAACAUCUGUGUUUGCAUCCAUUUUCCUGCCAGUAUACAGUAUACAGUGUACAGUACAGUACAAUGCAGUAUACAGCUCUGUUGUCUUUAGUUUUAGUUUUCAUCAAUUUGGUCAAUUUGUCAACACAACCAGCACAAGGAGGCAUUUAUACGUAUGUUUAUUAAGACGAGGAUGUCACUUGCCUUUGCAAAGUGUUGUGUUUGUUGCGUAAUAUCUACUCUUAAGUUCUUAUUCCUCUAUUAUAAUUUAAAAAAACAAACUAAAUAAAAUAAAUAAAUAAAAACUGAACAAAAACAAAAAAAAUUAAUAAUAAAAACAACUAAAAAAAGCAAACAAACUGCGGAAACUAACUGAAACAAAACUGAAAUCAAAAAAUGAGUUCAUGUGUCCCACAGUUACACCUACAAUCUUCCAAUACAUGCUUUGAAACCUGAGCAAAUUAUCUUAUUACUUAUUAUCAAAGUUAAUUUACUAAUUCCAUGUCAUUUGUUGAACAUUUCUAACCAAGCAUCUCAUUGCCUUUUUUCCCUGUGUUUUUGGAAGAAAUCGCACCAAUGUUCUUUAAUAAUAAUAAUAGUGAUAAUACAUUGGAUUUAUAUAGCGCAUUUCAAGGAGUCAAGGUGGCUUAAAAAAAAAGGUUCAAAGGUUCGGACUUGCGAAGGCCUCUGAAAACCGCACAAGAAAAGUGAUGUCGCUCCAGCUUUUAAAGGGUUAACCAAUCACAACCCCUAAACAAACCGCACAAUCUGCAGUUGACAGGCUGUUGUAUAUUCACUAUGGCCUAGGAACAAAAGAAAUUUAUCUUGUUACAAGACAAAUUUGUUCUCAAAAUAUUUCAAGUUAUUCUCUAAAAAUGAAGACUUUGGUCUCAUAAUAUCAUGUCCUUUUCUAGUAAAACUACAACUUUAUUUUCAUAGUCUUAUGCCUUUUUCCCAGAAAUACGAUGACUUCAUUCUCAGAAUCUUAAUGAGUUGUGUUCUAACAGUGGCAAUAAUACUCCAUUUUACUAUUUCAACUCCAGCCACUGCUCUGUGAAUCAAAGUCAAAUUCCCUUUUAUUAUUGCACAUGCAGCCAAGGUAACAGAAAUGUCGAGUUUUUGAUUUUUAUGUGAAUGUAGUUUUAUUUUUGUCAAUAAUGCAACGUGAGUAAAAAAUGGCCUGUGAAGGAGGAGUGUUGCUUCACAGGUAUUUCACUGUAGGAAUAUUUCUUUUCUUUGCCAAAAACAUCCUGCCAGACCUGCGUCCAAGUACAUCCUGUCCUGAUUACCACGCACACAUUUUCCAAGUGCCAUAUCAGAGGCUUAAAUGGAUGUUUCUAUCUGUUCAGUUUGUUUUUGUUUGCUCGUGUUCUUUGGUUUGAUUCUUCUGGCUUGGUAAUUCUCCACACUUUUGCCCUUUUGCCCUUGAUGUCUUUUAAUACAAAUAGUGACAGAUAGCACAGGGUUUGAUGAGCAUGUUGUAUUUUAUUAAUGUCUCUUAAAAGGUUUCUGUGUGCAGAAGUUCAGAAAGUUCAAACAGCUCUCACACCACCAGUGUGCUGAAUGAAUGAGAGCAACUUUAAGGAACAAUUUAUCACGGUUUGAGAUGUUCUUCGUUUCUUGCAUUCCUUUUGCACUCAUGUUUUACACAUGAUUUUUUAGUGUGUCCACCACAGUGGGACAAUGUCCCAGACAUUUUUGAGGGUAGAUUCUAAAGGGCCCUAUACACUGUGUGUUUUGGCCAUUCCAGAUGAAAGUCUGUCAGUAGUUGGAGAAAUGUGGUGAAAUCUGUGGUCCUAGAUUUCACUGUGAGGCUGACAGCCCCACCCACAACUGGUUCAUAACUUUUGAGAUGAAAGACAGCCUAUGCCAAAAUAUUCCUGCCAACAUCACACUGUAACUGCUCACAUACAGGCCCUAGAAACUGAUAUCAAAUGGUCUGACAGGUUGACCAAUAUUGCUUUUUACCAGGGAAAGUUGACCCCUCUCCAGUGACUCCAGGCUUUCCCACUGCACUAAAAACCUGCUAACAUCUGGAUUUUUAGUACAAAAUGAAAGUUUACAGUAGGCAUUCAUAUGCAGGUCAAAUGACUCUUCAGUAGUCACAAGUAUUUAUCGCCUCCAUCUCGGAUCAGCAUUGAUGGGAACACAACACCCAGUUGAACGCGCUUAUUUCAGCUCUUUAACCACCAAAAUGCAAUGACAUGCCGACACAAAUUACCGUCCAUCUCCUCCUAUACAGGAGUCCGAAAGAGAGACUGAAUUAGUAGGAUAAAGAGAAGUUACCACGGUUAGGUUUUCACAGACCUCUGUCCAUGCUGCUCUCUACUGUCUUCUCCAACCUGUCUGUAACGUUGCACAAAAACACCAAAACAACCCCCCACACACGCGUGUCUGCUGCAGAGCCGUGCACACAGCUCUGUGGGAUU